AUGAAGCUGCAGGUGGAUGCAGGGCUGCAAGCUCAGACUGUCUUAGUCAAUGACACAGUCUCGGGAUUUAUCGGGACAGAUGUGGUCCUGCACUGCAGCUUCACCAAUCCGCUCCCCAAUGUGAAGAUCACGCAGGUCACAUGGCAGAAAGCCACCAAUGGUACCAAGCAGAAUGUGGCCAUCUACAACCCUGCCAUGGGGGUCUCCAUCCUCUCUCCCUACAAAGAGCGGGUGACUUUCCGGAAUCCUUCCUUCAAAGAUGGCACCAUUCAGCUCUCUCGUCUAGAGCUGGAGGAUGAGGGAGUUUACAUCUGUGAGUUUGCUACCUUCCCAACUGGCAACCGGGAAAGCCAACUGAACCUCACUGUGCUGGCCAAGCCCACAAAUCGGAUGGAGGGCACCAAGCGGCCACUUAUUGCUAAGUCUGGCAGGACAGAAAAGAUCUUGGUAGCUACCUGCACCUCCUCUAAUGGGAAGCCCCCCAGCACUGUCACCUGGGACACCAAGCUCAAAGGCGAAGCGGAGUUUCAGGAGAUCCGGAAUAGCAAUGGCACCAUCACAGUGAUCAGCCGGUACCGGCUGGGGGCGGGGCGGGGGGCCCCGCUCAUGUGCGUGGUCAAUUACCAGCUGGAUCGCUUCACCGACAGCAUGACCCUUAACGUGCAGUAUGAGCCAGAAGUCACUAUUGAGGGCUUUGAUGGCAACUGGUUUCUCAACCGGAAGGAUGUGAAGCUGAUAUGCAAAUCUGAUGCCAACCCCCCAGCUCACACCUAUGAAUGGAAGCUGCCAAACGGGACUCUGCCAGGGAGCGUGGAAAUCCAGAACAACACCAUCUACUUUAAAGGGCCUGUCUCCUACAGCGUGGCUGGCACCUACAUCUGUGAGGCCUCCAACGCCAUCGGUACACGGUCGGGCUUGGUGGAAGUCAAUGUCACAGAAUUUCCCUACACCCCGUCUCCAAUUGAUGAUCGCAAAUCCAUGGUGCAGCCGAACAUCCCCACACCGGUGAUUGGGGGCAUAGUGGGAGGAGUCUCGCUGGUCCUGGUGGUGGCCGUGGUGCUCUUUGUGGUACUCCGGCGCCGGCGUCACACCUUCAAGGGUGACUACAGCACAAAGAAGCACGUGUACGGCAAUGGCUACAGCAAGGCUGGCAUCCCACAACAUCACCCCCCCAUGGCCCAGAACCUCCAGUAUCCCGACGACUCAGAUGACGAGAAGAAGCCGGGCCCGCUGGGCGGCAGCACCUAUGAAGACGAGGACGAGGAUGCAGGAGGCGAGCGCAAGCUGGGCGGCCCUAACAAAUACGAGGAGGAUGCUAAGCGGCCUUACUUCACGGUAGACGAGGGGGAGGCGCACCCCGAACCUUACGACGAAAGGACACUCGGCUUCCAGUAUGACCCUGAGCAGCUUGACAUAGCGGAGAACAUGGUCUCACAGAACGACGGAUCUUUUAUUUCCAAAAAGGAGUGGUACGUGUAGCUCGGCACCCCAUUGCUACACACACACACACACACACA